CCGCGGCAGGUGGGUGCGGGGUGCAAGGUCGCCGGCAACGCUGCCGCCUCAGGCGCCACCCUGCCGGGCUCUCACACAGCCGCGAAGGUGACCCGCGCGCCCGAGAGCCGCAGCUUCGCCCAGCUGGGGGGCCGCCGGGGCGCCCUCGGAGGCCGGAGCCGGCGGGCCUGCCGGGCGUCGCGAGCUAGCGACCGCCGCGCUCCGCCAGCCCUGCUGCGAGCGGGGGGGCUUCCGCGCCCUCCGUGCGGUGCCUCCUGCCCCGCAGCUCCCGGCUAGGUUCUCGAGGUCGGCGCCGCCAGGGUGCCGGGGAGGUGGCGCAGGCCACCUGUGUGACAACUCGAACUUUUCCUGGGGUUUCCCGACCGCCAGUUGGAUCACGCUGCGCAAUUCCUCUGAGACCUUGUGUUUAUCGGUGAAAUAAAAGCAGGGUUUUCCCCCCCCGUUCCUUUCAGGACGUUAUGAGUUUCCUCCAUUUCGAGACAGUUGAGGAAACUGUCAGAGGGUCAGACUCUCCCUACCGUCAGUCCCUGUGUUGUCCUUGGGAGCUUGGGGCCUGUGUGUGCCCCGCCCUCCCCCACAUCUUGCUGACGUUGAGAGAGACUUGUGCAGAGCCAUGAGCCCUAAGGCUUGAGCUGCUUCGGAGGAGAGAGCCAGUCUCCCGAGCCCCAAGAUGGCGGCUAAGAUGGAGAUAACUUUGAGCUCGCAGUCCCACAUUCAGGCUUCCUCCAAGCCAGAGAGACACAUAAUAACAAAACUGGAAGACAAACGGGGACCCACUCUGCAAAAAGACCGCCCCGAUCCUGAGCUCUCCCGCCAGAGCUUUCGACGGUUUUGUUAUCAAGAGGUGUCUGGACCCCAAGAGGCCCUCUCCCGGCUCCAGCAGCUCUGCCGUCAGUGGCUGCAGCCCGAGCUGCACACCAAGGAACAGAUUUUGGAGCUCCUCGUGCUGGAGCAGUUCCUGAACAUCCUGCCUCCAGAGAUCCAGGCCCGGAUCAGGCAUCGAUGUCCAGUGAGCAGCAAGGAGAUUGUGACCCUGGUGGAAGAUUUUCAAAGAGCUGCCAAGAGACCAAAGCAGUGGGUGGCCGUUUGUAUGCAGGGGCAGAAGGUGCUCUUGGAGAAGACUGGGUCUCAGCUUGGAGAACAGGAACUCCCAGACUUUCAACUGCAAACUCCUAGAAGCUGUCCCAGGGAGAACUCUUUGGAGGAGCCUUCCCAGGCAGAAUCUCAAGACCAGCUGAGCACUCAUCAUUGGGACAAAUCCCCGCUCCUCCAGGAAGCAAGCCCUAGAUUGGCCGGCCCAGAUAGAGAUCACAAGUAGACACAGAGAGAGAGAGGGAAGCAGGAUCCCUGCUGAGCAGAGAGCCUGAUGCGGGACUUGAUCCCAGGACCCUGAGAUCAUGACCUGAGCUGAAGGCAGCGGCUUAAUCCACUGAGCCACCCAGGCGCCCGCAGUACGUCUUUUAAAGCACCUGUCACCUGCCAGACUACAAAAGUGACCAGUACAGUCACAUUUCCUGAAUCAGCGGUGAAACAGAAUUGUGAGGCAAGCCUCCCCAAAGAUCACUCUCUAGAAUGGCUCUCGAAACUUGUAUUGAACCAGGUAAGGGCAAAGCCAGCUAGACAGACCCCAAGAAUCUGCCUUGCCUUGGGGGUCACUUGGCCAUAGUCAGAUCUGAGGCAGCUUUGUUUUUGUUGUUGUUGUUGUUGUUUUCUAAAGAUUUUACUUAAUUAUUUGACAGAGAUCACAGUAGGCAGAGAGGCAGGCAGAGGGAGAGAGGGGGAAGCAGGCUCCCUGCAGAGCAGAGAGCCUGAUGUGGGGCUCUAUCCCAGGACCCUGGGAUCAUGACCUGAGCCGAAGGCAGAGGUUUAACCCACUGAGCCACCCAGGUGCCCCCUGAGGCAACUUGUUAAGGGGAAGGAGUGGACUUCAUGCCAGGCUAAGACUGAGGCAUGGCUUUGCGCCCAGCCCUGUCAUUCUCUAGCCCAGUCUCCUGGAUGUGUCAUUUAAAACAUCCAGGCCUGUGUCCUCCCCUGGAAAUGGGAAGACCUGGCCUGCUUCCCUCACAGGAUGGGUGAAGUGAAUGUGUAUACGGAAAGCAUCUUGUCUCCUGGACAGCAUCGCACGAAAGGAAGGUGAAUUCUGUGCCAAGUAGUACGUAGCUUCUUGAAUUAGCUACUCAGCCCUUCAGAUCCUGGGAGGGGCGAUGAGGCUGCAGGGAUUCGAGGGCGGAGAUGUCCUGUUCCCUGCAUUUGGCAUUUUUUUUACACCACGGUCACAGGAGAUAAUGUCCUGAAAGGGAGAAGAAUUUCUUCGGAAAGGCUGCUUGUGAAUAAAAUCAGUGUCCCAGACAGAGGGGCCCCAAAGCAGAGGCACUCCUUUCAAGCAUGGCCCUUUGUGCUCUUUGCUUUAUCUUCUUUUACCAGAGUAAAAUAUACAUACAGUUGGCCCCUUUAACCAUACAGCGGUCCUCUCCACCAUCCCUCUCCAGAACUGCUGCUUCCCAGACUGACACUCUGUCCCCAUUAAACAUUCCUCAUUCCCCUCCCUCCACAGCCACCCUUCUGCUUUCUGUCUCUGUGACAUUGACUCUAGGGACCUGGUGUAAGUGAAGUCACGCCAUAGCUGUUCUUUUGCGACUGGCUUCUUUGAUUCAGCAUCAUGUCCCCCAGGUCCCUCCAUGCUGUGGCAUGCAUCAGAAUGUCCCUCCUUUUUACCACAUUUUGUAUAGCUAUUCUUCCACUGGAAGACACUGGGGUCGUUUCCAUCUUUUGGAUAUUGUGAAUAGUGUGCUCCUUACUUUUGGUAAAUACAGAAUUUGCAAAAACCCAAGGAAAAGUUUGUCAUAGGGCCACAGAGCCUCUGAGAGUGGCACCCUGUGUUAGUGCCACCGGAGUAGCUGCAAGCAGGAAUGGGCCCAAGGUCUGGGGAGGGGGUUGCUCUAGAAGGUAGAGCAGAGGGUUAAGGGCAAGGAGAGAGACCAGGGUGGCCAAGGGAGGGUAUCCCUCACAGGAGCAGCUUUAAGCAUCUUUGAACACCCAGAAAUGAAGGUUAAAAUUGGGGGGCUACCUGGGUCCCACUGUGAGGUAUGAGAAGAUGUCUGGGGGUAAUGGGCAGACAUAUGAGCAGAUACCCCACCUGUACUGGGACUCAGUUUUGUUGGGAGAGGACAGUAGCUGGGUGUUUUCUCCAGCUGUGGGUGGGAGUGGGGUGAGUUGAUGGAUUCUGAGACCGACACAGUCCCAGGAAAUGGCAGAGCCCAGCAAGUGACACUGCAGAGAAGGAUGGUUGACGUGGAGCAUGGGUGUUCAUACCAAAGACCACGUUGGAGGACGAGUUUAAGGCACUUGCUUUACCUUUCGGAAAGAAGUGAUGGGAGACAGUUCAGGGUAGCCAGGUCUUUUAGUCUGUUCGUGCUGCUGUAACUAAGUACAGACUCUGGGGCUUACAGACAACAGACAGCUCUCACGGUUCUGGAGGCUGAAGUAAAAAAUCAAGGUGCCAGCACCACCAGGUCGGGUUCCGGUUAAUACUCGGCCUCCUGUCCCUGGGACCUCCCGCAGUGGAAGGGGCGAGGACGUGCUCUGGGGUCUCUUUUACAAGAACAAUCCCAUAGAUGAGGCUCUACCCUCAUGACCUAAGAACCUCCCAACAGCCCCGCCUCCUAAUGCCAUCAUCUUUGGGGGUUCAGAUUGCAGUCUAUGAAUUUGGGGGAAGCCUCAAACAUUCAGACCAUAGCACCAAGUGUACAUUAACUUUGGCUUUGGACAGACCUAGUUCCAGUCCUGACUCUAGAUCGCCUUUCAGAAGUGGCCUUCAGCUUUGUGAGGUUUAGAUGAGAGGAUCCAAGCCGUGUGCCUUUAGUGCUGUCCCAGUCGUCUCAGGGUCUAGACGCUGGACUUGGAGCAUGUGGGCCUUUGUCCCUGGGGCCUCUGUUGCUUCUGCAAAUACCCUGGAGAGGGGAUGGGCAGGUGCAGGGGACCAGAGAUGCGAGGACUCGUGCUUUCGCCUCUAGAAUGCCCCGCACAAAAGCUUUGUAAACAUCUGUUGAUCUGAACUCUUCGGAACGCAGGGAAGGAGCCCGCCAGGGACGGUGUUUUCAAGGUGAAGCUGAGGUAAAGCAUGUGAGGAUACAGAUGCCUCUGGGAAGCGUGCCUCAGUAUGUCCACUUCUGAGACACAUAUGGCCCCAAGCAGAUGCUUCCCUGGGAAGGAAGUCCUGUUCCAGACCAGAUAGGAGGAGUCGUGUCUGACCCAGGAUUUGGAGGAAUCAGAGGUCAUAGAUGACACCAGAAUCAGAGGCCUGCCUUCAGGAAGAAAUCCUGAAAGCUCACGCUAAGGAGAAGUUCUCUCUGAUAGAGAAGUUUGCUUUAGAGAGUGAGGGACCUUCUGAGGCAGGCAGAGGGGAUGGGGUGCCCAGUUAUAUCCCAGAGGACUACUCAUGCUAGGGGGUUGAGGGGCUGAGUGGGAAGUGCCCUCCCAAGGCCGACUUGCAUCCACCCCCCCCCCCCCGCCAGCUCUUCCCCCAGGCCCCAGAGAAAACCCUCCAGUCCUGUUCUUUGAAGCUAUGUAGCUUAUUUUCCCUUUGCAACGCAUGGCUUCUGUGGAAGGAAACUGCCUAAACCAGGACGUCCAUCUUUUCUAUUUAUUUAUCUUGCUGGGAACUGCAUUUUUUUUUUUAAGAUUUUAUUCAUUUGACAGACAGAGAUCACAAGUAGGCAGAGAGGCAGGCAGAGAUAGAGAGGGAAGCAGGCUCCCUACUGUGCAGAAGGCCCCAUGUGGGGCUCAAUCCCAGGACCCUGAGAUCAUGACCUGAGCUGAAGGCAGAGGCUUUAACCCACUGAGCCACCCAGGUGCCUCUGGGAACUGCAUUCUUAUGUUAACAUCCAGCUUAUUUGGUUUUUACUUUGAUUUAUAGUAUUUAGCAAAUUCUAACACACAGAUCAGUAGCAGCUCAUCUUACAAGAGACUCUGCUCUUUGUACAGAGAAGACAGAAGCAGCUUUCCUCUCAGGUCUGCACACAAAGAAGCUGGUAGCAGAAAUUAUUUUCAUGUCUUUGAUAUGUUAUUUUGUGUAUUACAUUUAAGUGUACUACAGUUGUAAAAUACUGAUUUCAACUUUACUUCAAAGUUUUUUUUUUUCCCUUGAAAUAUAAUUCAAAUACUCUAAAAUUCAUCCUCCUAAAGUAUACAGCUCUUGGGGCACCUGGGUGGCUCAGUGGGUUAAAGCCUCUGCCUUCGGCUCAGCUCAUGAUCCCAGGGUCCUGGGAUCGAGCCCCGAAUUGGGCUCUCUGCUUGCCGGGGAGCCUGCUUCCUCCUCUCUCUGCCUGCCUCUCUGCCUACUUGUGAUCUCAAUCACUCUCUCUGUGUCAAAUAAAUAAAUAAAAUCUUAAAAAAAAAAAAAGUGUACAGUCCAGUGGUUUUUAGUAUAGUCACAGAGUUAUGACCAGAUAACUGUGUUUUUGAAAGUGAACAAGUGACUGCCUUACAUGUUACUGGUUGAUCACACAGCUAGCAUGCUGCUGCGGUACAUGUCCACAUGAGACAGCUUGGGAGUCCUGGAAAAGGCAAGGAGCCUGAAGACCCGCUUCUGUCCCUAGUGUGCAGCUGGGCAGUUUCUGAGCUCUCAGUAAAAUCAGGGGCUUAGACAAAAUGCUCUCUAGUUCUACUUGGAGCGGCCCAUCUAUUCCUGGAGAGUUUGGGUCUGUCAAAGUAGAGGUGACCCUCAGAGCUCCACAGUGAGGAUACUUGUUGGAAAUCUGGGGAGAUAGGACCCCUGGGGGAAGAGGAAAGCAUCUGUUCAGGGCACCCCACUCAACCCCCCAAAGGAGGGGAGCUUAUCAUCCAUCCAGUGUUUACUCUCUAGGUCUCUUCUGGCCCUUUCCACCCAGCAUCCUGGCUUCCUAGACUUUCUCUGCAAAUCCUCCAUCAGGAUUACUGCCUCUUGUCACCCUCUGGGUGCUCAUGCUGAACCCAGUGGGGAUGUCUCAGGAUAGUUACAAGCACUGUAGUAGCUUUCUGCUCCUGGACAUCUCUGGUCUUAGCCACUGAUGGCACAAUCCCCCAUGGUGGACAAGAACCUCCCUGGCCCAGCUACCUCCUCGAGGCAGAAGGUCUGAUGCCCUGACAACAUUGUUUCCCGAUCAACAUCAUGGGUCUGCAGGUAGGAUUCCCACCCCCAGAUGGCAUCUUUAAUCAGAAGGCUUUGUAGUUCUAGGGGAUGGGGAGGUCCAGGGCACCCAAGUUUGCAGCCAUCUUAGGCGUAGGAAACGGCCCCUUAACAGCUAGGACUGGACCUGGGAAUGUCACAUCCUGUAUCUUUAUAGGGUGUGUUCAGGAGUCUGUGUUCUCCAGUUUCUGGCUUUUUUCCCCUCGAAGCAAACAGUAGAGGUGAGCAGGGAAAGCCUGCUUUCCUGGGGCAGCGUGGGGCUGCCCAGGCGGGGCCCCACCUGGCUAGAUGGGGCCAGCAGACACACUCUCUGUUAGACAGCAGCCCCCUGGCCCUGUGUCCUUUCCAGAGGUCUCCAACCAGUGAACUCCCAGUCAGUGUUCUGCUCUCCCAAGUGGGCUCCCUGAGCUUCCUGGCUGGGUAAAUACCUUUCCUGGCAUAACACACCUCUCCCCUGUAGCACUUAGCACAGCUGCAGUGUCACUCAUGAUUAACCGUCUCCUUAUGAAGUUAGAAAACCCACACUCAUGAAGGCAUCCUUUCUCCACAGAGCUGACACCAUCCAGUCCCUCUGCCCAGAAACUUCCCUGCGCUCUCCCCAGCUCAAUCAUUACUUUUGCCUCCUCAAUCUGCCUUUUUUUUUUUUUUAAGAUUUUAUUUAUUUAUUUGACAGAGAUCACAAGUAGGCAGAGAGGCAGGCAGAGAGAGAGGAGGAAGCAGGCUCCCUGCUGAGUAGAGAGCCUGAUGCGGGGCUGGAUCCCAGGAGCCUGGGAUCAUGAUCAGAGCCGAAGGCAGAAGCUUCAACCCACUGAGCCACCCAGGCACCCCCUGAAUCUUUCUUGAAGCCACCCCCUCUUCCUCAAUCCCAGGACCCCCUCCUACUGCAGGCCCUCCUCUCUCGCUCCGCUGCAACCCUCGGUCCCAGCCUGUACCACAAAGCAGGGUAUCCUGCCCGGCCUUCCUCCCCCACUGCGUACCCUUACCCAAAGUGGCAAAUGGGGGACGUAGAAAGCAGGGGCUCAGAGAUUGGGGAGCCGGGAGCCGUGCACGGUAUCUCCUCUAAUGGGCCUCGGACUUGCUCGGCGGUAGGGUUAGUCCCCGCCCCCCCUCCCCCCCCAGGGACGCGUGCACUGGCAACUUCCACGGAGCGAGCCCCGGCCAGCACUUCCCAAGUGGACCCGUAUGGCACUGGCCACCACAGGGGAAGCGGGCGAGAGCGAGGGACGGAACGUCAACCGGAAGUACCCUGUCCAUUCCUCUGACUGGGGCGUCCGGCACCCUUGGCUGCCGUGGAGCUCUCUGGGAAAUGUAGUUCCAGCUGGCUCCGCUUCCAACGCGGGUUGGAAGGCUUGGCUCUGGUGAUCGUUGGGACCAUUAGCCUAAAGCUGAAAGGCUGUCCUGGAGGCUCACUUGAUAAAUUCCUUUGCCCUUGUUAUAUAUAUUUAUUAAAUGCCUACUACACACCGGGCACCAUUAGGUGCUGGGGUUGCUAUGGUGAACCCAGACCAUACACAUGCCCAGAAAGCCCAGUGUUAGAGGGGGAAACUCAUCAAUCAGAUAAUCGCACAAACUGCAGCUGUAAAACUGUUAAGGAAAAAACUUAAGGCAGGAAUCACGCGGUGGGAAAUGACUGGGGAAGGCUCUACUUGAGAGAAGAAGGUCAGAGGCGCCUGGGUGUCUCAGUUUUUGAGCAUCUGCCUUCAGCUCAGGUCAUGAUCCCUGGGUCCUGGGAGGGAGCCCCUCCCUCCUGCUCAGUGGGAGGCCUGCUUGUCUCUCUCCAACUCCCUCUGCUUGUGUUCUCUCUCUGGCUGUCUCUGUGUCAAAUAAAUAAAAUCUUUAAAAAUAAAUAAAUAAACUGAUAACCUCAUUUAAAAAAAAAAAAAAAAAGGUGGGGGGAAGAGAGGAAGGUCAGGGCCUUCUGGGUUUCUCCUGCCAGGACAACCAUUUGAUGGCAGUAAUGAUUCCUCAGAGGUGUACCUCACAGCAUUUCCCUUAACCCUUAGACACUGGAAGGCAGACUUUGUGAUUAUUCUCUGGGCCUUCAAGGAAGCCAAGACUCAGUCAUUUUCCAAAGCUUGCACAAUCACAGAUAGCUGGGCUUUAAUCACAUACCUUCAACAAUGAACCUGAGACUUCCACCCUGUCUCCUCCUACUUCUUUACACACCAUGCAGUCCAGCCCCGUUUUUUGCAUGUGGGAAACAUGGAUGAUGUCAAUAGCGAACUAAUCCAGGAAAAGUGCUCAGCACAGGAGGGCCAGGCACAGAACAAGCCCUUGAUUAGUGUUGGACGUUUCCAUCACUACUCUAAUUGCCUGUCUGUCUACUCUGACUUGUGUGUUACCCCAGCCCCAUACUCUCUUCUUUCCGCAUUAUCCCUUUAAGUGACCUCUUCUCUUCCACUUUGUAUAUGUAAUUUUGGUGGGGCUGACCCCAACCACAGCUCCAGGAGUGUGUCUGACAACUAGGCCAGGCCAGUCUACUCCCAGCCACAGUGGCUGGUUCAGUUGGUUGAUGUGACUCUUGAGCCACAUCAGUCAAAUGAAACUUAACCUCUAAGAGGAAUGUGAAACUGUUAGCCAAGUUCCCUUUUGUUCCAGAGUGUUCAGGGUGACAGUAGUUCCCCUUCUUGUAAUUUUCUGGGCAGCCUAACCUGCAAGUGUGGGACCAUUCUGCCCACUUUGGGUGCUACCCCUCUUCCACUGAAGGGGUCUUCUAGAAUGGGAACAGCACAGGCAGUAAUGUUGUCAGGCCAGCUACCCUCUGUGCCAGUAAUCUGAACUAUUUUAAUCACUAACGCUUUACUCACAGAAGGCUCAAGGCAGGAGGAUAUGUAGACCCAAUUCUCUAAAGUCUCCUUCUCUGUUGUAUUAGCUCAGCACAAUUCUAUUUGAAAUGCAUGGAGUGCCUGGGUGGCUCAGUUGGUUGGGCAUCUACCUUCGGCUUGGGUCUUGAUCCCAGGGUCCUGGGAUUGAGCCCCACACUGAGCUCCCUGCCCAGCGGGGGCCUGCUUUUCUCCCUCUCCCACUGCCUGCUACUUUGCCUGCUUGUGUUCUUUCUCUGCAUCAAAUGAAUAAGUAAAAUCUUUAAAAAAAAAAAAAAAAGAAAAGAAAAGAAAA